AUCAGAGCUUCGUUCUUGGAAUGUUCGGAAUGCUAUGGCGUGACAGCUGCUUGAUGCUCGCCGGCUGUUGUCGACCCUUCCAGAUAUCGCGAUGGACAGCCUGCGAACGAGAUUCAUUUUAUCCAUCCCAUUUGUGAUCUUUGGGUUUAUGCUCACGCGCGCACCGUUCAUGAUGCCUUCCGUCGCACCUUCCAAGCCUUGGGCCGACGGGCCCCUCAAGCUCAUCACGACGCCGCAGUUCGAGACCAAGAAGACCGAUAUAUUCACCUCGGGGGCUACACACAUGGCUUUGCUCCACAACUCGAUUUUCCGCGGCUACAAUUCCAUCUACCGUCAGGCCCCGCUCGUGCUUGAUCAAGACAAGGCCGAUUUCGUCGGCUACUGCCUCGCGUGGUUCAAGUUCGUCAAAUCGCACCAUGACGACGAGGAGGCCACACUCUUCACCAAGAUCGAGGAGCUGCUGAAAGAUAAGACCAUAUUUGAGGAGACACACAAGGAACACGAAUCUUUCCUCGGGGGUCUCGCCGAGUUCGAAAAGUACCUGACGGGGCUCAAAAGCCCCGCCGAUUUCUCGGGCGCCGAGCUGCUCCGCAUCAUGGAGUCCUUCCAGCAGCCGUUCGAGCACCACUUCCACAACGAGAUCGCCACCAUCACCAAGUUCUCCGACCACCCGAACGCGCCGAAGGAGGGGACGCCCGAGAGGGACGCCGCGGCAGCGACGUUCAAGGCGUGGGGCAAGAGCACAGUGACAAAGGCCGGCGUCACCGACGUCGUGCCCUUCUUCCUGCUCAACCUCGACCGCACCGUCGAGGACGGCCUGUGGGCGAACUGGCCGCCCAUGCCGGCCCCCAUCAAGUGGGGGCUGAUCAACCUCGCCGGGGCUUGGCACUCCGGGUGGUGGAGGUUCGCCUCGUGCGACGCUGCUGGCCAGCCGCGGGAGCUGUGGGCAUACCGGGCCGCUGAUGCGAAGGGUAAGCGGGCUGAGGAGUCCAAGGCGUGAGGAGAGUAUUCCGCUCCCUCCGGUGAGUUCUGCCAUGGGUUCGACUCGGACGUGCAACGUUGCUGGCGCCCGCAGGAUAAAGGCGGGCUUGCGCUUCAACUGCUGCCUUCUCUCAGGCCCGUAAUCCAAUCCUUGAAUUUUGUCCGUGCCCAUAUCCCAUGCUCAGGUGGCAGGUGCCAUGAUCUGGACAGAGGGACGCGUGGCCCAUCCGUACACUGCUUGCAGCGCCUGCCUGCCUCGGCCGGUAACAAUGGGAAUCGUCCAACCGUUGCUGCUGGCCGUUUGCGUUUGUUCAGUUGUUUUCGCGGUAACGGUGAGGCGCAGAGAUGCCGUUUCCUGUGGACCUGGCCAGGCCCAGCUCUGGGGACGUCCAAAUAGAGCUGACAAAUCAUUCCAUUCCCCUGUCUGCACCAGCAAGGGCCCACUCUACCAUUCUC